UAUAACAAUAAUAAUAAUAAUAAUAAUAAUAAUAAUAAUAAUAUUAAUAAUAAUAAUAGUAAUAACAAUAAUAAUAAUAGUAUUAAUAAUACAGUAAUAACAAUAAUAACAUUAAUAAUAAAUAAUAAUAAUAAUAAUAAUAAUAAUAAUAAUAAUAAUAAUAACAAUAAUAAUAACAAUACCAAUAACAGUAAAAAUAACAAUAACAAUAACAAUAUAAAUAAUAAUAAUAAUAAUAAUAAUAAUAAUAACAAUAACGAUAACAAUAACAAUAACAAUAAUAAUAAUAAUAAUAAUAAUAACAAUAAUAAUAACAAUAAUAAUAACAAUAACAAUAACAAUAACAAUAUCAAUAACAAUAAUAAUAACUAUGACAAUAAAAAUCACAAUAAUAAUAAUAAUAAUAACAAUAAUAACAACAAUAACAAUAACAAUAACAAUAUCAAUAACAAUAAUAAUAACUAUAACAAUAACAAUAACAAUAAUAAUAACAAUAACAAUAAUAAUAAUAAUAAUAAUAAUAACAAUAAUAAUAACAAUAAUAAUAACAAUAACAAUAACAAUAACAAUAACAAUAACAACAACAAUAACAAUAUCAAUAACUUUAACAAUAACAAUAACAAUAAUAAUAAUAAUAAUAAUAAUAAUAAUAAUAAUAAUAAUAAUAACAAUAACAAUAACGAUUACAAUAAAAAAAACAAUAACCAUAUCAAUAACAAUAACAAUAACAAUAACAAUAAUAAUAAUAAUAAUAAUAAAAAUAAUAAUAAUAAUAAUAAUAAUAAAAAUAAUAAUAAUAAUAACAGUAAUAACAACAAUAAUAAUAACAAUAACAAUAACAAUAACAUUAACAAUAACAAUAACAAUAACAAUAACAAUAACAAUAACAAUAACAAUAACAAUAACAAUUAUAGUAAUAAUAAU